AUGGGCCAGGUCCUUCCCACCCAUCGACUGGCCCAUUCGCCACACGGUGGUCUGGCACAACCCGUUGUCACCCAGGCGAUCCGAUUGCUGUCAAAGGGCCCCUUCGCCGCCGAUCCCCAUCUCGCCCGCCCCGAGCGGCAAUCGUGGAGCUUGCAGAAUGUCUGCGUCGACCCGUUCUCGGAUCUCCCGAUGGCGUUCACGACCGACGGCCACGAUUCCCACCUGUCCCCGUCCUCCUUCGCCUGCAACUCCUAUUCCUGGUUCCACAUCUUCCCCGAGGGCAUGAUCCACCAGGCGCCCAACAAGACGAUGCGGUACUUCAAGUGGGGGGUCGCUCGGCUCAUCCUCGAGGCCAGUGAAUGUCCCGAUGUCGUGCCCAUCUGGCUGGAGGGCUUCGACCAGGUCAUGCACGAGAGUCGCGAGUUCCCGCGCUUCCUGCCUCGGGUCGGCAAGGAGGUCAGCAUCACGUUCGGAAAGAAGGUCGAUACCGAAGCCGUCUUCGGCGAGUCGCGGAGGAAGUGGCAGCAGAUCAGGGCCAAGGCGGAGCGCACAUCGCCCGACACCCGCGACCUCCCGCUCGGAGUGCUGAAUGACGAGCUCCUGUACGGGACGGAGGCGGUUGAGCUGCGCAAGGAGGUUACCAUGAAGGUUCGGAACCUGGUUCUCGAGGUGCGGCGGUCUCGAGGCCACUCGGAUGAAGACCCCAAGGCGGGUCUCGCUGAAACGUGGAUUCGAGAAGGCCCCAAUCGGGAGGGGAAGAAGUUGGAUGAUUCUUGGAAGUUUAAAAAGAAUGCCUAUGCGAAGCCAGCGAGCACAGCCCAUCACACUCUGGCCUCUGGUGGUUCCCGCCCCAAAGACCAUGAUCGCCUCCGCCCGUCUUCCACCUCCUCCCCCGCCGAGCAACAAGAACAACCCUCCGUGAACGAGCUGAUCGACCACCUCCGACGCACCCAAAUCACACGAACCCCCGACCACGGACCUGAAAACCCUUAUCGAUUCGUGGUCCCCCGCUCGGUCCACCCGUCUCUGCGCAAUCUCCUCGAGCUCCCGGAGACCCCGCCCCCGCGCCCGCGGCCGGGCUCACGCCGCCACGCCGUCGUCGGCGCACGACGGGGCACGCGACGAACCGCCGCCGGACCCCCCGCCCCUCAGAGCUGGCUCGUGGGAAACUACGGUCGGGAGGAGGAAAAUAAGGAGCUGGACGAAGAUGGUGCGACGGAGAGUCGUCGCACCAUCUACCGACUGGAGGAGCGCUUGCCCGGCACGACGUUCCCCGCCAGGGGAAGUCUGCAGCAUACCGUGCUGAAGUCCAUGGCGCUCUACUGGGCGUGGCAUCUCGAGUACGACGGCCCGUUUCUCGCGGACUUGCCUAAUCAUGUGAAGGUCCGAUUGCUCAGUUUCAUUGGUGUAUACACUCGGGAGUACCAGAUCCCGUCUGGUUUGGGGCUGCGGCCGUUGUUCCCUCGCUCUCAGCAGCAGCAGCAGCAGCAGCAGCAGCAGCAGUUGGACGAUGACUUCGCGGCUUCUCAUGAGCACAGCACCGAGGCAGGAGCAGCAGGAGCAGCGCAGGAGAAUGACGACGAAAUCACCCGCCUCGACCUCAGCAGCGCCCUAGGCCGCUGGCUCACGCUCAAGCAAAUCUCCAGCGAACUGCUCCCCACGACCAAGCAAUCCACCCCUGCUCUCCAGCAAACACUCAGCGAGCCCACCGCCGCCGUCCCAUCCUCCUGGGAGGACGAAUACGACGAACACCAAAUCCCACAACCUACUACACCCACAUCCCUAACAACAACAACCCUGCGCACCCCACGCUUCACCAACCUCCGGUACCUCUCCCUCGCCCACCCGACCCCUACCUCCGCGAACUGGAACAGCCUGAUCACGCUCCUCGCGCGCCUCACGCGCAUCACCCACCUCUCGCUGGCCCACUGGCCCCUCCCGACCGCCACCCCGCACGCCCGCACUGCCACCGUCCGCCACCCGGCCCACCGCUCCCUCACCUUCGCCUACGGCGGCACGGACGCCUACGCCGCCAACGACAACAACUGGGCCGAGGUCGCGGGCCUCCUGCGGCGGCUGUCGCGCGCCACCUACUGCCUGAAGUGGCUGGACCUCGAGGGCUGCGGGGAGUGGCUCCCCGCAUUGAAUUGGGUCGGCCACGGCCCGGACGGCGAGGUGUAUCCCUCUGGUCCGGAGUGGAAUGGCUCCUGGCGCGAGGUCGAGUUCAUCCGGUUGGGCGCCGGGUGGGUUCCUUCGCUUGAGGGCGAUGAUGAUGCUGCGCUACUGCAGCAGCAGCAGCGUCAGCAGCAGCAGCAGCGUCAGCUAGUUCCGGAAGGCAUUAGACCUGCUACCCUAGUAGAAGGUGUAGGUGGGGCGAGACGAACCCUGGCUGCGUCUAUGCAUGCCCCCCCUCCGGCGGGUGCUGCCGGCGGCGGCGAUGAUGAUGAUGAUAAUCUUCCCUGGGACGUCGAGGAGGAGAGGAUCAAGUACCGGCGGAUGAAGGAGGUGCAGCGAUAUCGCCAGAUCGUGGAGACGGCGAAGGAGGUGCAGCGGAACGUGCAGCGCGUUCGGAAGGAGGGCAAGGGGAAGUGGGUGACGUUCUCGUUCGGGUUGGAGGGGUUGGAGGACGACGCGUUGAAGAGGUUGCUUGGGCCGAGGUGGUUGGAUCUGUUGCCUUGA